CGAAGGACAAAUUAAUCUAACAAUAAGCUUAAAGUUAGGCGACGCUGGUGAAACCAGGCGUUGAGCGACUCGCAGACCUUCCUCUGCCUUACGUUCCUCGCGUUUCGAGCUACAAUUUUGAUUCCUAUCCCCGUUCGAAGGAUAACUUGGCGCUUCGGACGUCCUCCCGCACGCGCGUCGACCGCGCGAAAUCCUCGAGAACGGCAACACACAUCCGGAGAUCGCGUUUUCCUCGUUUCCUCCUCGGCCGCGAGACCGUCGCACGUCUCCGCUCCUCCGCUCGUGACGCAUCGCGGCGUACGCGCGCGGCUCGACGGAAACCAGCCUGCGUUCGCUCGCUCGUAGAUCGAUCCGUCUCGAGACGGUGCGAGAGAACCGGGAUAAUUGGCCGGCAAUUUGCGAGGCGUAUCCAGUAUCUGAUUGGGCUUCUUUCCGCGUACAACAGCGGAGUCUUCUUCUUCCUCGUUAAUGGCCACCCGCCUUCACGCGAGAAGGUGAACGUAAGGCCGAGCAGCGUUCGGAUGUUUCUUUUGUAACGUCGGAACACGUUCGGCCGAUAAUCGCGCCUGGCGCGAUAUGAAUAUUCGCGAAAAUUGAAAGGCUUCCACGAGUUUCGGGUACGUACGAUCUGUUGGAAGAAGCGCGGAAACUUGAACCUCCGGCAAACUUUCGACUUACUUUACUUCGAUUUCUGGUGUUUCGGUAGUUUUGUAUUCCGUGAUCGCACGACUGCCUACACUGAGAAUCGAAAAACAGUAAUAGUCUCUAAAUUUUUGCUCAUUCUCAACUUUUAAUCUUAAUACGCAAAUGCUUACUUAAAAAAAAAAUGUCUGCUGAAAAAUACAAUACCAUCUAACGACUAAAGUUGUAAGCGAUAUUGUAUUAAAGAAAACAUGAUUACUGAACAAUUUUAUUAUUGAAUGAUGUGCAAUUCCGUAACCAUUACUGUUGACCACCAGCAUUAAAAUAAUAUGUAAAUAAUAUGUAGCCUAACAGUAGGGUAGAAAACAUAUACAUAUAAAUAGUUAGCUCAGUGUUAGCGUACUAGAGUAAUCCGAAAUCUUAGGUUAGAAUCCCACAUAUAAAAAAAAUUAGAAAAAAGAACUAGUGGAAAAGUUUUUUAUUUUCAAUAAAAUCUUGUACCAAAACCAUUACUUUUAUCGUGAUGAUUGUGGAAAUACAGUACUGAUUCAAUACUGGAUUAGUAAGUAACAGUCAAUCAGUUGAUCUACAAUAUUCAUUACUGUAGAAUCCGUAAUAGUUAUUGUAAAAUCCGUACUGAUUACUGGGAGAAUGCUUACUGUAGUGGUACGUAAUGGUACGUAAUGGUUACUGUAAGAAAGACUAAAAGUUAAAAACGAGGAAAAAUGUUAUAACCAUCACUGUUUUUCAGCUCUCACAAGUUAUCAGUGUAUGUGUCUUGAUUCGUUUAGUAUGUUUUUUUUAUUUUGUCUCCGAAACGGACUCGAACUCGAAGAUUCUGACGUUUCUGACCUUGCUGCUCUCUUAUCAAGAUUAUGCUGUUCUCUUAUCUUUCAUUUCUGUUUUACGCAAGUAGCGUAAUUUACGUGAGCACUUGAUAAGAGUAUCACUUUGUUGCAAAUUGACUAAGUAUUGCAAAUUGUCUCCGAUAACGAUACGCGUAUCGCUUUUACGAUUUGUACGUACCGGCUUUUCAACAAUUUUCUCUUUUCGAUGUAAACGUUACUUACAGCCAUUUACUCACUUGUGCUAGAUAUGUCGCUUUUUAAACAUAAUUUAGAUUUUUCGAAAGGUGAGUUCUAGCGAGGAAAAGCAACAUUUUCACACGAAAAUAUAUAAUACAUGAUAGGACAGAAAAUAGAUAAUAUAAAAAAUGUUUCGAGUUGCGUAUAGAAUUUUGAAGAAUAUGGGAAAAAUGCAUUUUUUUUGAGCUCAUGCAUACAUUUCAUCGUAGAAAUAUCUGAAUAACAGAUUCCUGGAAUCGAAUCGAGGCCGAAUCUUUUGAAAAUUUGAUGAAAGUUUUUGUAACUAAAAUCUGGGGAAUACAAUUUUUAUUCGAAAAAGAACAUUUCUGCCGCUAAAUGAAAUAAAAUUCUAGUUCCAACGGGGCAGUAAGGAUUUGUUACUUAAUUGGAUUCUAGAAAAUUAAGAUUCCGGGGGAAGAAACACGAUAUUUGGAUCUUUGAAAACUCUGCGAUGCUUCUUGGCAGGUUUAAGGACAUUUCAGUCAAUCAUUCUAUCAAGCUAUUUCCAUUGUUAUUAAAUUAUCAUGAAAUCAAAUCAAUCGAACGGGAUUUCUAUUUUCUUUAUCUAUUUAUAUUCGUUCAUUUCACAAAAGUUUCUUUUUUUCGGCCCUUUUAAAUAUCCUUCGUCAUAAAGUUGUCACUUUUAAUCAGAAUUAUCGCAGAAAUAUUCUGAUUGCUAUUAAGAAGAUACAGAUAGACGCUUUUUACGAAUUGCGAUUAAAUGAGAUUAUAAAUCUUUCGAGAUUAAAUUCUCCGAGACGAUUAGUGCACAUUCGACUCGACAUUCGAUCGUAUUACGCGACGUUUCUGAACGGAAAUUUCUGAAACUGAUCUUAGAGACCUCAAUUCUAAGCGCGAGCAACGUUUAAGUGCGCGAUGUCAGCUCGACCCUGAGGAUAGCUUGCAAUGGGAGCCAAGAGAGUAUUUAAUCUCCAUGUAAAUAAGAGCGACCGUGAUGCAGUGACCCGUCAACUUUCCGCGUUCUCCUAUUACGGCAAUUAAUCCGUAACUGCGUGGCUAUUUAUCACCGUAGGACGUUAUCGACAUUUCGAAGGCAAUUGCCGUGUGAACCUUUUCCUCGUCCGAUUUCUCCUCCGUCGGGAAGAAUGUUUUAUCUAAAAUGCGCGAGAGCGAAUGGAUUCUUAUUUGAUGUGAAAAUCGAAGAUUCACGCAAAUGAAGGACGUUAGAUGAGGAAGUUUGCGAGACUGCCUGAACUGCAGACUCGUCAGAAUGGUGGGUAGCAUGCCCAGCGGAUGGAUGAGGAGGAUCCUCCUCUUCCUCGUCCUGAUGACCGGUAUUCUGCUGAUCGCCAUGUACGCCCACGCCCCGCCACUCGCGUCGCUCCAGCCGUUCGCGACGCGACGAAGACUAGAGGACUUGCAGCGCGGCUUGGUUAAUUACCUGGUGGGUAAUGAAACCACGAUCGGACCCGGGGAACGGCUCUACGAGUAUCUGGAAGAGCCUAGGACGUUUCAAAGUCCGUGGUCCUGGGCGUGCGUGGCGAAUCGAUGCGAGAGACGUGCAGUCAGGUCCUCGAGGACAUCCUUGGCGACCUGCACCGCGCAUUGCGGAGGGAACACUCGGCUGUUGUGGCCGAGACCGACGGAGAGCGUCGUCCUCGGCGACGACAGUGUCAUCCUGCAUCUUCAGCAGAUCGAGUUUGUCACCGUGAAUACGAGCGAUCAGGAGACCAAGGAUCUGCUGGAACAUGCGAAGGAUGUCUUCAUCGGGAACGUCAGGAGUCUGGUCAAGGUGCUGAACGCCAAGAGUCGAUCCGGUAUCGAUUCGUUCAUCGUGUAUCUGAGCGCUGGCAACGCGCGGGGCACUUUGACGCUGGAUACCGACGAGUCGUACAAGCUGGAGGUCACGCCGAAGGGAAAGGUCCUGGAGGCAAGAAUCACGGGCAGGAGCUACUUCGGAGUGCGGCAUGGUCUCGAGACCCUCAGCCAGCUGAUCUGGUGGGACGAGGCUACUGGCAAGCAGGGCGCUCUUCGCGUCCUUACGCGAGCCUCCAUCGAGGACAAGCCCGCGUUCCCUUAUCGCGGGCUUCUCGUCGAUACCGGCAGGCAAUUCUUUCCCGUCGAGGAACUGAAGAGGGUCAUCGAUGGCAUGGCAGCCACGAAGCUCAACACACUGCACUGGCACCUCACCGAUUCCCAGAGUUUCCCGUUCGACUCGGCGCAGUUCCCGGAGAUGGCCAGAUGGGGCGCUUACAGUGGCGAUCACAUUUACACACCAGACGAUGUCAAGGAUUUGGCCGAUUAUGCGAGGAUACGCGGCGUCAGGAUCGUCGUCGAGAUCGAUUCUCCGGCCCACGCCGGCGCCGGCUGGCAAUGGGGUGCGGAACAUGGCUUUGGUGAGCUGGCGUUGUGCGUGGAUCAGCAGCCGUGGUCGUCCUACUGUGGCGAGCCAAACUGCGGCCAACUGAAUCCCAUAAAUGAACACUCGUACCGGAUACUCGAGGGUCUGUACCGCGAGCUAUUAGAUCUUACCGAGGUGCGCGAUUUAGUGCACCUCGGCGGCGACGAGGUGAAUCUCGAGUGCUGGGCGCAAUAUGGCAACAUCACCCUAGCCAUGCAGGCGCAAAACAUGACGGACCAUCACGCGCUUUGGGCGGAGUUUGAGACCAAGAUGUUGCAGCGGUUGAUUCGAGCGAAUCACGACAAGGUGCCGAAGGCGGUGAUCCUGUGGAGCUCGCCGUUGACCAAGAGGCCUUACAUCAUGAUGCACUUCGAUCCGAAGAUUCACGUGAUCCAGUCUUGGGGCGGCAGCAAUUGGCCGGAAACGCCGGACCUGCUGGAGGACGGCUUCCGGGUGAUCCUGUCGCAUGUAGACGCGUGGUAUCUGGACUGCGGCUUCGGCAGAUGGCGAGAGAGCGGCGAGGCCGCGUGCGGCGAAUACCGCACCUGGCAGACUGUCUACAAUCACCGUCCAUGGAAGGACUAUCCGCCGCAGCAGUUGCCUCUGGUGCUCGGCGGCGAGGCGGCGAUUUGGAGCGAACAGACGGGACAGUCGUCCCUGGGACCUCGACUAUGGCCCAGGGCAUCGGCACUCGCUGAACGAUUAUGGAGUGACCUACCGACGAACAGUUACUCCACGGACGAGAAUGUUUACACCAGGCUAGCCAUGCAUGUAGAAGUCCUGAACAGCAGAGGCAUCAAGACGGAGUCUAUGUGGCCGCAAUGGUGUUCCCAGAAUCCCGGGAAAUGUCUCUGACCGAUCGUUAGAGAUCCGCUGACUAUCCACCAGCCGUGCCACGAGUACUGCUCUUGCGGCGCAGAUAAACACGUAAAAACGGGGCUACGCAAGAAGCGGCGACGUCAGCCGCAAGUCCUCUCGGUAGUCGAAAUCGAUCUCGUCCGACGCGCAAUGACAUCGCGUAUUCGUGAACCAUGGGACCUUUCGAUACUGCACAUUCUGCCGAAACUGACAAUCGUUCCCGCUCGAUAAACCACUCGGCGGCUUUCUUACUCGCGAGAAACAAACGCCGAAGGAUCUCUUCGGCGAACGUCGUCGAUAUAACGAGUAGCCAAGAAGCUCUCUCUGCGUAUGCAAUGUAUAUGCAAAUAUGAUAAAGCUGCGAGAGGUCACGCAAAGCGUGUGAGCCGUGACUUUGAACUAACAUGCAUUAACUUAACGUAGAGGAACGCGUGGCUGGGACACGUAACUUAACGUUAGGACAAAUGAGUCUCUUACGUGGAGGUUCGGAAUCAAGCUUCACGCGAGCUUAGUUUUAUAAGCGUCUACUUAACGAAUCGAACGAUUAUAAUUAAGUGGAACCGUGAAAAUUCUAUCGAUGGAAUGCUUUUGUGAUUAUUAUCCAUAGAAUCGCUCGGAAUCCGAACGUCGCUUUUAAUUCUUUUCGAUGUCUAGAUGAUAUCGCUGUCUUGAAGAUAAUGUCUGCAAAAGUAAUAUAUAGCGUUUGUAAAUUAUUGCAACAAAAUUAAUAUAUUCGUUGCAACGUUAUUCGUUAGGCUGUUCUUCGGUAUCACUUUCCGCUGCGUUAAAGUACAAAAAUUUCGCGCUCGAGCUUCUUAAACUUUCCAGCACUCCUUUAAUACGUACUUUCCAACAAAUAUCACAUUCUGUCCCUCUCUUUUGUUUGUCGAUUUGAUGAUAACCAAAAUUCUCAAUAGUACUCUAUUAUAUAUUAAUCGUUUAAUCACGUAUACCGCAUGACGGUGCACGAUUGAGACAAAUUGGAACAAUUGUGCAUCGUGCCCUGAUAUCGAGAGGUACUACCUCGAUAGAGGCUCAAUUAGAGCUAACGAGGAGGAGCCUUUAACUAGCAAAUGAGAGAGAAAGGACGACGCAUACGUAUGUCGACGCGCGGGAAGCUUAUUAUCGCGUUAUCUCUCGGAUCCCAUGAAUUGGGGACACCGAGGCUGUCACGAUCGUAGACUAGCUUUAUCACUGGAACGCCUCAGCCAGGGGCAGUUUUGUAGCGCGUAUACAUAUAUACAUACACACACAUUCAUUAUAUACAUAUAUAUGUAUACAUACAUACAUACAUAUAUAUACAUAUAAUUUAGCUUUUUAACAAUCGAGAUUACAUUACUGAAAGUAUAAGUAACAAGUAACGAAAAAGGUAUGUGUAUGCAUGUGGUGAUAUAGCAGUUCUGACGUAACGAAUGCCGAUUGAGAGAAAGAGUAUUUGUGUAUCUGCGAGUCGUCUAUAUUAAAAAUUAUAAUGUAUAAUGAUGAAAACGCUUGAUAUCAGAGAGCUUGAGAUUCGUCAGCGCGCGACGCUAAUAGAAAUUUAUUACUUAUUGUCAACGUAAAAGUGCUCAGGGCAGAGUGACACAAUCGUUGGACGCUUCUUGCGCGCGCGGAAGACGAAGGAUACGUCCGAGGAUCUCUCUGCUACUUUAUUCACUUGAACAAUAUUAAGGACUUUAUCUCACAAGAGAUUGAAUUGUUUGUCGAUUUGAAAAGAAUUGAAAAGAAUUGAGCUUAAUAUGAUUAUAUCACUCCUCGAACGGAUAUUUAAUUAAUUCAUGAUUGGUUUGAAAUAGAAACAGUCACUUGUACGGCAAUCUGUGUGUACGAAAGAAAUAAGAAAAAAAAACGUUUUAAUGUGAUAAUUCUCCAGUUUGAAAAAAAAAGAGGCAUCACACUGUAGUAUUUUUGGUCUGAUAAUGAAAUCGCUGUGAUUUCAUUAUCGUAUUGUGAUUUCUAAUCAAGUCCUGCCCGCGCGGAAGAUGACGUCCGUAUCACCACAAAAAAAAAUCCGACUGAUAGAACUUACGCAAAGAAACUUGCCCAAUUAUAAUAAUUCCAAGGUGCGUACGAUUGUCGAAGCGAGCGAUCACGAUUGCGAAACGAGAAGCGCGUGGAAUUCGCCCCCUCAAUCCCCGUAGUACAACGUGGCCUAUGAAGUAAGAAAACGUGAGUGAUUCUUGGGAAAACUUGUACAUACUUCGCAACGACGUAGGGAGCAACUUAUAAUAUAUAGAUAGGUAUGUAGAUAGAGACAAAUAGUUGAGAUAAUUAGGCGAAUCGAUAGACGGUUAUUUAGGCGAAUAAGUAGGCGAAGACGAAUAGGCGAACCGCUUACGAGGGACGAUGGGGGGGGGGGGUGAGGAAUGUGAUGCGAAUUAUAAGAAGGGACGUUGUGGAAUAUCUGUACUUAUUGACACUUACCGAUAUCGAUGGCUGUAAGAGGAGCUAAUUUUCCCGUGCGUUUGCAGAUACGAGAUGUAAAAUCGUGAUAACAUUUAGUAAACUAAAUACCCAUAUUAUCUUAAAUUAUGAUGUCACUCGUGUGAAGAAGUAUUAAAUUCAAACGGUUAUUAAAAUGUGGUAGAGGGAGAGGAAGAAAGAGAAAGAGAGAGCUUUCGAUUUAGUUAAGGCAGUACACUGACCGGCAGUGAAUCGUUUCGCGAGAGGGGAAUUGUUGUUCCCUCACUCGUUGACAAUCGUCGAUCGGCUAGAGUGGAGAAACAAGUCACUCUUGCGAAACGAUUCAUUGCCGAUGACUGUACUAACUGUUGUUAUUUAAUUUUCCGAUUGCUGCUAUUUAAAUUCUUUAUCAUUUCACACUGAUAUUCCUGUGACAUCAUAAUACAAGCUAACAUAGGUACUAAGGAUUUUUAAGAUUGCAAUUGAGCGCACGAAUUACUCCUCCGGAUAUUUCUUAUGUCAAGUUCGUCUUAAUAUCGAUUAGUGAAACAGGGCUCGAUAGAUGUGGAUGUAAACGUUACGAGUAAUGAUAACAAUUUAUCGGUUAUCGUUGAAGAACAAGAAUUUUACGCGAUUUUAGGACGGUGAUAUUUACGGUACGUAUACUUACGUUAUGCGACUCUCUUCGGUCCGCAACGAUGAAUGUAUGUAAAUAUGACACAAUUGUGUGUAUGUGUGUUUUGACGGUUCUUCGAACUGAUCCGAGCAGAAAGAUAUACUCUGUUAUGACGUGUCUCUUACACGGAUUUAACAUAAAGUGAAUUUUGAAUACA